AUGCAAAAUGACCAAAUCAUCUUGCGAGGAUCGUCCGUCCACCAGGGAGAAUUUCCUCCUGCUGGCUUUUUCUUUUCUGCCCGUCUGAUUGAUCCGUUGCUUCAACGAUCGGCACUCGUCGCCCUUCCCGGAUCGCUUCCCGUUUUCUUGGUCACCCUUGGAAAUGAUCCCCUGCCAACUUCCCGACGAGACUUCGACCUGCAUCUAGAACGUCCUCUUUUCCCUCACCUGCCACCCUUCUCUCCGUCAUAUUCUUCUCAUUCGCUGGCACCCCGUUAUCUCUGUUUACUAGGUGACGUGCCACCUACGACCGUCGGCUUUGACUUCGUCUUACUACGCAAUACUCCGUCUCACGCAAUGAAUUCAUCGCGGCGCAACGUUCGACUUGCCCCCCUGCCCCGCCGCCCAAUCCACGACGGCCUCCCGUCGUCACAUCCGCGAUGCCACCCUCAAGCGCCCCAUACGACUCCAUCAACACCCGUAACCCGCGUCAGCCAGUCCAGCCCAGCUCAGGUAUCCAACAUGCUGAUCACAGAGGGAACGGAUGACACAUCGUGCGCAACACCAGACCCUGCUCUGUACCCCACGCCCUUAGACUGGCCCGCCCUUGGAGACCUGAUUCUGCGUCGUCUCCAUUUCGAUACGGAGCACGAGGCACGCCGCAGUCCCAGAGAGUCAGGGACCGUCUUGGAUGAACCCCACCAGCUUUCCGCCAUCGUUACGCCGUCUUUCCCCACGAUGCUGCCGCUUCACACACACACCGCAACCUCGUCCUCAGCUGGCCUGGGACGACGAUGGCGGUGGGAUCUUUGGGGGCUUCUAGGGCUGCCUGCAUCGAUUGCGAAACGGUCACCUUCGACACCGACUGCCCUUUCGCUUACAGCGGCCGCGGCGUUGAGGACCGCAUUCCAUCUCAAAAGCCCUGUUCGAUGCUCCAAUAACAACAUCGUGACGAAUCAUCCACCGCCUCUUCAUGUUUCGAGCGUCCUCGCUGAUGCCCAACGGCCGAGCGGUCACGAUCAAAGCCCCAGAGCCCUCUCUCGCUUCGCUGUCUUCUGGAUACCAGGCUCAAGUUCCUGCAGUUCCGACUCGGCAGGCAUUCUUGGUAUCUGGGACCUGGUAGAAUUAGACCAAUGGCAGCUCUGGCGCUGGUUUGCAUCGAUUUGCAAAGGCCACAAGGCGGCCUUGAGGCUAUACGGUUGCAGUUAUCAGUACUCACGGCCUUGCGAUGGAAAUCCCAUAAUCCUCGAUUCAUUGCGCGGCUUGACAGCUCAGUAUGACGAAGUCAAUUAUCCCAAAGCAGAAUGCAGAGUAUCCAGCUCCUGCAACCCCAUCUGCAGGCGUUUGAGACACGCUUGUCUUACGAACUUGCAGCAGAAUGACCGAACCUGCGUCUGCGCAGAGACCGUUUCUGCCAAAUUCAUUUACGAUGAUUCGCUGGAUCUACUGCUUCACCACUCCCGAGAAUCGGCCCUGCUCACGACAGAUCUUGAGCACCUAACACGUGCUAUCUCAUUGCUGCUCUGGGUCUUCUCUGUUAGGGUCUAUUGUCGGCCCAACGCGCACUUCACCGUGCUACGGUGCAGGGCGAACAAUCAGGCAUCCAGGUUCCAUCUCGUUCAUAGGACAGGCGACCAGAUGGUAUCGAAUCCGACGCCAUGGGGACUAUUGGUCUACCACAUAAUUCUCGUGCUUAAUCGACCUCAUCCUGCGGCCCAGAUCAUGCGGCGCCUCAUACCCUUAAAGCCAGAUUGCAAGGAUUCUAUCACGACACUUCUUCUAACUUUCUUGUACGCGUUCCUUGAUCGGCGUUCCUCUCGGGCCACUAUCCGGCGCUUGGCCGUCGGCAGACCUUACCAGGAAUGGCAGAUUAUACGGAACAUCUCCUUGACCAUCUACAGAGUACUGGAUGACUCCCUCGCUACGGUACGGAUGUGCGCCUACGUGCCGCUUUUCGGUCCUGACUCUCGGUGUGAGUAUGGAACGGAUUGGGUGACCUCAUCACCCGUUGAGCCUAAGGAGGGCAACCUGCAUCCGAUAUGCAAAGGACCGAAGUCGGGGUUGUCAUCCAGCAUCUACGGCUCGCCAUUUGUCUCCUGGAACUACGUACUACAGCAGCAGCAACUCGAAUUCUCCUCAGUCGCCCGCCUUGGCGGUGUUUGCCAACGAUCGUCGAUGUUCUGUCGCCGUAAUGUUGGGCAUGGGAUGGACAUGCGUAUGUCGCCAUGCGGCGAUGUACGCACUCUUCUCACCUACCCCGUGUAUGAGGAAAGUCAGUCCUCGACCAGACAUAUCUUUGAGCUUAAAGACACUCAUUUAUCCGCACGCGCGCCUAUGAGCUGCCAUUGCAGCGCUUAUUGGCAAUGUCGAUCAUGCCAGAUCAAAGGCAAGAUAUCUCGCGGUAUUGCUGGUGUUGCCACUCUCCAGGCUGGGAUAUACGCUCCUCCCCAAACCUUGCUUGUCACAUCAAUUUUUGGGUCGGGCUUCAACGAUGUUUCAUUUGCUGUACGGGUGUAUACCGCGCUAUUCCCUGUGUUAAGACGACCUAGAAGCGCGAAUAGAAAGUCUAUCCGCGUUGAGUACCACGUCGGCACAACCACAUCCCAAAACGGCGUUGACUGA